UUUCUUUGUAUCUUUUGUGUGGAGGUGAGAGGAGAACGCUUUUUAGCUUUUCGUCUCUCUCAUCACUUCCUCUCUCUCCUCUGUCUCUCUGUUCACUCGAUUCGUCGUCUUCAUCUAUGUCCAUUGUCACCACUACUCUCGUUUUCUUGUAAGAGGAUCGGCGAAUCAUUGUAGAGUGAUGACUGUGUAAUAAUGUCUUAUGCUCAUCUUCAUCAUCAUUGUCGGAGACAUUCCUCUUCACGUCUAUGGAUUUUAACGCCGGAGUUCCUAUGUCCUCUCUUUCACCUCUGAUGACUCAAGAGGCAAUGUGGCAAAUGAAUUUAAGUCAGGAUGAAACGAUGGAAACAGGUUCUUACCCUGAACGACCAGGAGAGCCCAAUUGUUCUUAUUACAUCAGAACUGGUCUUUGUAGAUUUGGCUCCACUUGUCGCUUCAACCAUCCUCCUGAUCGUGAACUGGUUAUAGCCACUGCAAGGAUGAGAGGAGAAUACCCUGAAAGGAUUGGUCAGCCUGAAUGCGAGUACUAUUUGAAGACAGGAACGUGCAAGUUUGGAGUAACAUGUAAGUUUCAUCAUCCUAGGAACAAAGCUGGCAUUGCUGGACGAGUCUCACUCAAUAUGUUAGGCUAUCCUCUACGCUCUAAUGAGGUUGAUUGUGCUUAUUUUCUAAGAACCGGACACUGUAAAUUUGGUGCCACUUGUAAAUUCAACCAUCCUCAGCCUCAGCCUCAACCAACAACCAACCUCAUGGUUCCUACGUCAGGCCAACAACAGUCUUAUCCUUGGUCAAGCGCAUCUUUUAUUCCCAGCCCUCGAUGGCAAGAUCCCUCUGGCUACACCCCAUUGCUUAUGCCUCAAGGAGUUGUACCCGUUCAAGGAUGGAACCCAUACACCGGUCAGCUCGGCGCAGUUUCUCCUUCAGGUACUGGAAAUGAUCACAACAGCUACAGAAACAUGCAGCAAAACGAGGCUGGCUCUCAGUCUCAAGGGUCAGUCUCGGGUCUCAAUACGGCAUCCUCUGUUCCAUUAGGAGGGUUCUAUGCAUUGCCGAGUGAAAGCGUUUUCCCGGAGAGACCAGGACAACCUGAAUGCCAAUUCUACAUGAAGACAGGAGACUGCAAGUUUGGGACAGUGUGCAAAUUUCAUCAUCCUAGAGAUAGACAAGCUCCUCCUCCUGAUUGUCUCUUAAGUCCCAUUGGCCUACCUUUACGCCCUGGAGAACCGUUGUGUGUGUUCUAUAGUCGCUAUGGAAUCUGCAAGUUUGGUCCAAGCUGUAAAUUUCAUCACCCAAUGGAAGUAUUCGCAUACGACAACACGGCUUCAGAGACAGAUGAGGUUGUGGAAGCAUCAGGUGGACAUUCCAGAAGAGUCUCAGUGUCUGAAACAAGACAAGCAACUACCUCUGGGGAAGACACUACCAACUGAUACACAGCAGCACUGAGUGAAGAAGAGAGCUUCAAAAAACUUUGAUUUUUCAGAGAGGAAUCUGUAAAUUCUCGUCUUUCUCAUUUAAUCUGAAGCAUUUAUAUUAAUAAUGUAUAGAGGAGGUGAUUUAUACAAGUAAUAUCUGAUCUGAUCGCCAUUGUUGUAAUAUUCAUUUGGCGAAUCAGGUGAAUAAAAUUAAUUUCCUCAUAUUUUGACUUUGGAGGAAAUAAUAAGGUACACACUGUAUUACCGGUUAAGGUCU